AUGGUUAUUGAUACUAAUUCAACACCCCUAGCACUCAGGGUGUUGAGAAUCGGCGAUCCAAUUACUGGCAAGAAGGACCUCUACCCAGGAGACAGCCACAAUUGGAGGAGCAUCGUCUUUUCGUUGAUGGUCAUCAGUUUUGUAAUAGCCGGAAUAGUCACUGCUAUUUAUCUGUUAGGGUACGUGGACGAGCUGCUGUACUGGUCCGGUCGUCGAAUGCGUUUGGACGAGUUCUUGCGCGGCGACUUAACGGGCGAAAGACUACCGACCACGUGGGUGAGCUCAUACCAAAUCGUCUAUCAGGCCGACGACGGAAGUCUACUGGCAUUGAACACUUUCAACAACACGCUCACUGUCCUCGUCACCAACCAUACGCUAAGACAACUCAAUGUACGCGGUUAUCAAUGCUCUCCAAACCUACGAUAUGUUCUCUUCCAACACAAUAUCAAAGAGGUAUACAGGCGGACUUUUACAGCAUACUAUACAGUUUAUGACGUCACAAAUGACCACCACAUUCCGCUGUUCGGUGAGGGACAAAGCAGCUGGGAGUGGCAACACGCAGCUUGGUUGGGGUCCAACGGUGCAUUGUUACUGGCAGCGGAUAAUGAGGUGUUGGCACGACCUGGCCCGCCAGCGCGUCGUGCGCCUAUCUGGCGACUCACAAAUGAUGCUCGUGCCGGGAGCGUAUACAACGGUGUCUCUGACUGGCUUUACCAAGAGGAGGUGACAAAAGCAGCAUCGGCGAUGUGGGGAUCUUCAGAUGGUACUCUGGUUAUGUAUGUUCAAUAUAAUGAUACCAUGGUGCCUGAACUACAGUUUCCCAGAAUAUCGGAAGGAAUCGGUGGAGCCGGUGCUACAAGAUCUGGUUUUUUGUUGCCUGCGAAUAAUAAUAGCGCUCACGCUGUCUUUCCUGAUCAUAUAACUGUUAGAUAUCCCACGCCUGGUAGCUCAAUCCCAAAAGUUAAGCUAUGGAUAGUUGGAGUACAGAACACAACAUCUCCUCCGAGAUGGGAAGUAAAACCGCCGAGUACUUUAGAUGGAAUGGAAUAUUAUCUCAUAUCCGCACAAUGGGUGGGUAAGGACAAUUCACACGUGGGAGUGGUUUGGAUGAGCCGAGCCCAAAAUCUAACAGUUUAUAGCAGCUGUUAUGCACCUAAUUGGACAUGUACAGAGACCCAUUCAGAGAAAGCUACUGAUGAACCAUGGCUAGAAGUUCAUCAAAAACCUGUCUACUCCGAAGACGGUAGUGCCUUUUUACUUUUAGCGGCUGUACAAGAAGGCGGGGGCCAGUAUUACACGCAUAUCAAACAUGUUGACGUUCUGCGUCAACGUAUAGCGGUACUAUCACAUGGCAAGGUAGAAGUUGCCGAAAUUCUAGCGUGGGACCAGAUAAACAACUUGGUUUAUUAUUUAGGUAGUGCCGAUAGACCAGGACAGCGGCAAGUAUACGUCGUCCGCGAUCCAGGAUACGGCGGUGGAAGCAACUCUGUCAAAGCCCGAGCUGAACGUGAAGAGCCUCGUUGCCUAACGUGUGAACUGGCUGUAUGGCCCGCUCGCCUUCAUUACGCCAAUUGCUCGUUUUGGAGAGCUGCUUUUUCUCCACCUAAGCCUAAAAUUGGCAUUACACAUUAUGUCUUAGAAUGUGGAGGUCCAGGCCCACCGCUUGCAGGACUUCAUAAUGCUAAAACGCAUAAAUUAGAAAGAAUAUUGUAUGAUACGAGGCCUUAUAGAUCGGUACGUUUACGAGAGUUAGCUCUGCCAAGUAGACGGUCCUUCGAUGUACAACUGAGUAGUGGAUCUAAAGCCCGCGUGCAACUGCUAUUGCCACCUUCUUGGCGAGAAGAACUUCGUGAUGCAGCUUUUCCAGUUCUUGUUCACGUCGAUGGCAGACCCGGUAGUCAACAGGUAACCGAGGAAUUCCUCGUGGACUGGGGAUCGUACAUGUCAUCACGUAACGAUGUUGUAUACGUCAAAUUAGAUGUGGCUGGCGCUAAAGGAUUACCUCGUGCGUUGCUUCGUGGACGCCUUGGAGGUGUUGAAGUCGCUGAUCAGUUGGCUGUUAUUAGGUACUUAUUGGAAACUUUUAAAUUUCUUGACGUAACUCGUGUUGCUGUUUGGGGAUGGGGCUACGGCGGUUACGUUACGGCGAUGCUUCUUGGAUCACAGCAAUCUACUCUAAAAUGCGGCAUAGCCGUUUCACCAAUUACAGAUUGGCUGUACUACAAUGUAGCGUUUACGGAGCGUAUUCUAGGCCAGCCGUCAGUCAACUACAAGGGCUACGUGGAAGCCGACGCGUCACAGCGCGCUCAUCAUGUCCCAGCGCAUGCUUUGUACUUGGUUCAUGGCAUGGCUGAUAUGAGCGCUCCCUACCCUCACGCCUUACAACUGGCGAGAGCACUUACCGACGCGGGCGUUCUCUUCCGAUAUCAGGCAUAUGCUGAUGAAGGACAUGACUUAAAAGGCGUUAUCGAGCAUGUAUACCGAUCCAUGGAAGAUUUUCUUCGCGAAUGUUUAUCUCUCGAUCCUGAAGAUACAAAGCUGCCACCACCGGAUAGAUAA